AUGUCAAGCACAACAGCAUCUACUCCAUCGGCCCCAGCCACACCAGCUUCCCAAAUCAUACCAACAUCGUCACAAAACUUACUCAACGAUAAGUGGGAUGUAGUAUUAUCCAAUACAUUGAUCAAAACCGGGUUAGGUUUUGGUGGUGGUGUAUUAGCAUCCAUAUUAUUUUUCAAGAGAAGACAAUUCCCAGUAUGGUUAGGUAUUGGAUUUGGAUUAGGUAGAGGAUACUCUGAAGGUGAUGCUAUAUUUAGAUCUAACCAUGGAUUGAGAACAGUUAAAGCUUAG